AUGACUGCUUGCUCCCUAGAUCAUCCCAGCGGCCUGCAGAACCACCCUCGGCUCCGGACACCACCGCCACCACUCCCCCACGCCCAUACCCCCAACCAGCACCACGCGGCCUCCAUCAACUCCUUGAACAGGGGCAACUUCACCCCCAGGAGCAACCCCAGCCCGGCACCCACAGACCACUCACUCUCCGGGGAGCCCCCAGCAGGCAACGCCCAGGAGCCAACCCAUGCCCAGGACAACUGGCUACUCAACAGUAACAUCCCACUGGAGACCAGAAACCUAGGCAAGCAGCCCUUCCUAGGGACAUUGCAGGACAACCUCAUUGAGAUGGACAUUCUCAGCGCCUCCCGCCAUGAUGGGGCUUACAGUGACGGGCACUUCCUCUUCAAGCCAGGAGGCACCUCCCCGCUCUUCUGCACCUCAUCCCCGGGGUACCCUCUAACAUCUAGCACCGUGUACUCGCCCCCACCCCGGCCCCUGCCCCGCAGCACCUUCUCCCGACCAGCCUUUAACCUCAAGAAGCCCUCCAAGUACUGCAACUGGAAGUGUGCAGCCCUGAGUGCCAUCGUCAUCUCAGCCACACUGGUCAUCCUGCUCGCAUACUUCGUGGGUAAGCAC